UUUAAAAAUCUUUUAAAAAUUGUCUGUAAAAUAUUGUAAACAUUUUUUCAUGUAGUUCCUAAUUUGAAUGUUAUUUACAAUUUCCCUAAUGAAGCUUAUAUUUAAAGGAUAAAUUUACUAUUGUAAAGUAUUUCUUCUACUUUGGGAAGUAUGAGGAACCUAAGGGAGAACGUAGCCUACGACUAUCUCCGCCGUAACAGCUUAAUCACCGCUCAUAGUAUUAAUUUAAAGGAGGAUUUGGAGGAUUUGGACCAGGAAUAUUUGGAAAGAUGCCUGAAUCUAUCCAAAAUGAAACUCAGAUCAACCGUCGCCGACUCACACUUCUUCGAAAACUCCUCCUCAUACCACAGGAUCCACAAUAAUUCAAGUAAUAAUACUAUGAGUAAUAGGGAUAGUGUGGAUAGUAUGAACUAUAGUAAGUUGAAGACGUGUAUACAGAACUCUGCGGAUAACUCAAGUGAUUCAGACAGCCUACAACCCGAACCACACCAACAAUCACAUCUCCGAAACACUAUUUACAAUACUAACACUGCGUACAAUGUGUACAAUAAUGAUGUGUAUGGAGUGUGUGGAGUGGAGUUAUUGGAGAGGUUGAGGUUGUUGAUGCAAAGUCUGGAGGAUGAAAACGGUGUAAAGGGUAGGGAAAUCCGUAAACUAACCAAACUGGUGGGUAAACUAAACUCUGUAAUCAAUAGCCUAAACGAGGAACUGCUAAACUCCCAAAAGAACCUUGAAGAUACCACACAACUACUCGAAAUCACACAACACAAAUAUCAUCAACUACAAUCUUUACUCACUCUUAACACUAGUGACACUCUUAACACUAGUGACACUGUGAAAAAUGUGGAGAAUGUGGAAACUCCUGACACUUCUAACACUCCUAAUACUAAUACUCUUGACACUCCUGACGCUAUUAACGCACCUGACACCGUAACGGAAGAAAGAUUUAUGUACAAGUUGAUGCGUUAUAUGUAUGUGUUUGACGUGUCAGAGAUACUACCAAGUGUGUACAAGGGCAUAAGUGAGAUGAAACACGUCCUAAACACACCCGAAUUCACAUCUUUCAUACAACAGUCAAUUCUCCACGAUUCCAAACUACUACACCAAUGCCUCACACACUUGCACUCCGCAGAUUGUGACACUACUGUAGAUGCGUUUGUGGUGGGCUUACCGUUGACCAGUGCCGAACGUCAAGCCAUCAAACUCCUCGAGUCCAGUCCCAUUAUUAACUCUAUGGAGAAUACUGUUAAUACUAUGGAUAAUGUGGAUAGUGUGAAGAGGGGAAAGAUGAUGAAUAGGAUGAUGUUGUUGAGUGUGUUGAGGUGUAGUGAGAUAGUGACGGUGUACAAUUACCUGUUUGAGGCCAUAAGAUGUGACAACUUCAGAGUCGUAGAAAUCAUCUUUCAAGCCGUCAUAAACAACUUCCUCGAUCUACAACUCUUCCCCAAACUCAAAUCCAUACUCAAACAUCCUCUUUUACACCUUUUUGACAGUGUUUUACACAGUAACUCUGUACAUACUACUGUGGAGAAUACUUUACAGGGUAACUCAGUUGAUAAUAGUGUGGACAAUAGUGUAGAAAGAUUGUAUGGAUAUUUGAGUAUGUUGAAUUACAACUUUGGGAGUUUCCCUGAGGAUCCUGUGACGGGUAAUAACCUGUUCCACUACCUCGCCGGACAUCCCUACCCUGUGGUACACCUUUUAAAACCCUAUUUACACUAUGUAAAAUAUCUAACUGUGAAGAAUAAAGAGCUGAAAUCCCCUGUAGAACUUGCUGAUUCACAGGUCAGACGGGAGUUUAACACGAUGAUUGUCAUGGACCUGGCAAACCAAGGCUCACAACUCUACAAACAUAAAAAAUACCCAGAAGCUCUCAAACUCUACAACAAAGCCAUUUAUACUCUCAUAAAUUCUGUGGACACUGUAGAAAGUGUGGACAAUGAGAACUCUGUGGAACACGUUGUACACACAGUAGACCCGGUAAAGGAUGUAAAAAAUGUGUCUAACGGGGAUAAUAGAAAUUUGGGUAAGUUGUAUUAUAACAGGGGCAGGUCGUUGUUGCAUAUGAAUGAGUGGUUGUUGUGUGUAGAAUCGUGUGAGAUGUGCUUAUUGUACAUUCCAGACUACACAAACGCAUACUACACUCUGAUGGAAUCGUAUGAACAUUUGCUGGACUGGGACAACGCGCUGGCAGUGUGCCUGGCAAUGAGAGACACCUGCGGGUUCCUCGACCAUAAACGUUACGACACGAUAAUUAACCAGAAAGAGGCCACGUACUUUCAGUUGUUAAAUAUACACACGGGGGCAUCGGAUUCGGAUAUUAAAAAGGCAUUCAACACACUAUGUAAGCUGUGGCAUCCAGAUAAACAUACCAACAAUACAAACAUCACCAAACGCGUCACCAAUCAUUUCAACCGAUUGUAUGAGGCUCGAGAGAAGUUAAUGGAUCCUGCAAUCAGGUUAAUGCAUCAGCUAAAAAGAGAAACAAACUAUCAAAUACCAAUCCCAAACCCCCUCACAAACAACAUAGAGAAUACCCUUGAUGGUGUUGAGAAUACAGAUAAUAGUAUAGAAAAUAGUGUGGAAAAUGUGUUGGAGGGGGGAAAUAUGGAAAAUAGUGUGGAGAGAGAGGAUGAGAAGUGUGGAAUGAGGUUUGUGGAGUCUGUGGGUGUAUUGAGUGAAGAGUCGAUAUUUGAUUUUAACGCCCUCAGAUGGGGACACACCUAAAACCCCUCCCUCUCCCUAAAUUUUUUAAAAAUAAUA